UCAUAAUCGGCCACCAAAGGCGAUUUUUUAUUUCAAAACUCGUAUACAGCAUUUUAGUUUAAAAAUCAAUUAAAAAUGUAUUUAAAUCUGAUUAGAAAUUUUGCAGAAUAAUAUAAAAAAGCUAUUAAUUUAUUUAUAUUUGUGUAGUGUAAGUGAAAUUCGUAAAAAUGUUUAACUAUAAAUACCUAAGCCGCGAUCACCUGGAAGGCUUCGACAAUUAUAAGUACAUGGCAAUAGAUACAAGCCCCCUCAGUGUGUAUGUUAUGCACCCAUUCUGGAACAAAGUUGUCGAGCUCGUACCAAAAUGGGUGGCACCGAACGUCCUAACAUUUGCCGGGUUCCUCCUAGUAGUAUUCAACUUCUUACUUCUAUCGUACUAUGACUACGACUACUACGCCGCCAGCUCCCAGGCCCAUAACACCACAUUGACAGACACACCGCUCAAUGGAUAUGUGGAGGUGAUACCUCAGUCUUUAUGGUAUGCCAUAGCGGUGUUCUUGUUCCUGGCUUACACUUUAGAUGGUAUCGACGGAAAGCAAGCGCGUCGCACGCAGACAUCCGGACCUCUUGGGGAGCUGUUUGAUCAUGGAUUGGACUCUUACACGGUUUUUUUCAUACCUGCCUGCCUGUACUCCAUAUUUGGGAGAUUGGAUUACUCAAUACCUCCUAUUAGAAUUUACUAUGUAAUGUGGAAUCUCUUGCUGAAUUUCUACCUCAGCCAUUGGGAGAAAUACAAUACUGGUGUUCUCUUCUUACCCUGGGGUUAUGAUUUUAGUAUGUGGGCAUCAACUAUAUGUUUCGUGUGGACCGGUGUCAAAGGCACGAUAUUCUAUAAGAAGUACUUAUUCGACGGGUACACGCUGGCGAACGCGUUCGAAUUGGUCAUAUACUCCACUGGGGUGGUAACAAACCUGCCCGUCGCACUUUAUAAUGUUCACAAAUCAUACAAACUGCGCACGGGCAAGAUGCGUUCGUUCACAGAGGCGAUACGGCCUUUAUGGUCGUUGCUCAUCGUAUUUGUUAUAUGCACGGUGUGGGUGCACAAGUCGGAGCGGUUGCCUGGCUACGAUCUUAGAGCGCUGUUCCUGCUGAUCGGCACGCUGUUUAGUAAUGUCGCGUGUCGUCUAAUAGUGGCUCAGAUGAGCAACCAACGCUGCGAGGCUGUCUGUUGGCUGUCAUGGCCGUUAGCUGGUGCUGCGUUAAUGUCGCUCGCGUUACCGCACUACGAACCUACUGUGUUUUACGCGAUCACAACGCUUUGCGUGUUGGCGCAUGUGCAUUACGGAUCUUGUGUCGUACGUCAAAUGUGUGAUCACUUCCGAAUAAGCUGUUUCUACAUAAAACAGCGUGCAGAUUGACUCUUAGACGACAAUGCGUGCUAGAUAACAUAACAUUCGCAGUUGUAUAACAACACAACAUAGUUGUUGUACAACAAUAACAACAUCACAACGCCUUUACAUAUCCCCCGUUAUAAUCAUAAAAUAUCUACAAGUUUACAUUGUUAUUUAUUUUAAAUAUUUCAAUGUUUUGUCUAAAAUUUCAAUUAAAAUGAUUUUUUUACAAAGUGAUCACAUUUGAAAAAAAUCCAUUUAGGGGAAGCUAAGUUAUUUUUUUCAACGAAAUCGGAAAAAAAGAAGCAGUGAUGUUGUUUUAAAUCAAUGUUAUGUUUUUAUGAAGAUUGUACACAUGGGAAAAACAAAAAAGAAAUCACAUAUACCAGUAGUACUCCAGUAUUCAGUUAACAAGUUCUUCAUAAAAAAGGUUAAAAAAAAACUAAAGGAUAAUAAAAAGGUGCUCCUACACUGUAGAAAAAAACAUGUCAUAAUUAUUUCAAUAUGUUGACGGUUUAAAAGCUUAUUUAUUUAAACGACAUUUUUUGCUACACUAAUUUUCAUAAAUAUUUAAAAUCAGCACUUUUUUCUAUGUUUUUUUAAACCUAGUUAAAAAAAUUCGAAAAAUUUUCGCUUAAGACAAUUAGACUUUCAACCGUCAAUAUAUAUUUUCUUACAGGGCCCUUAUUUUGUAUGAUAGUGUAAACGCGUAACGCGGCCGUGUCAUGUUAUCUUCGAGAAAUGUGCGUGGAAUGGUAUUCUGUAAGCCAAAUCUCUAUAGUCCUAAACAUGAUGCGUUGUAUUACGUGCUUGUUACGCACUGUCAAAAUAACGUGCGGGAUAGAGAAUAAGGCCCCAGUUUAGUAACUUGAAUUAUAUUGUGUGAAUAUAAUUUAACUCUGUGUAUUUUCAGCUGGACUUUUUUUAUGAAGAACUUAUAAUCCAAGCGAUACUUAUAUAAAAAAAAGACCGAGCAUUUUUUUUUAUAAAAUUUAAUCACUUUUUUUCAUUUUCAAUUUAUUGACGUUUGUAUCAUAAUUUGUGAAAAAAAAAAUUUUUUUUGUAGAUUUUACAAAAAUAUUUUCUCCUUUUCAAAGCUCGGUUUACAACUCUCCCAUUAUAGUCCACAUCGCUUUUCCUUUGUUACGUGUACGUCUUUAUUUCAAGGGUUCAUAGCACGCAUUGUCCUGGUUUUUAUCUCAUUAUUUUAUAUUUUAGUUUAUGACAGGUCAGCCCACUUGUAUUAUUUUUGUAUUUAUGUUAUUCGAAGUCAUUGUAGUCUAUUACUUAUAGCCAGGAGUCGUUCGAAAAAAUUUGGUACUCAUUUAUAAUCAUUAAAAAUGUCAUACUGGAUCAUUUUAAGAUGGCUUAGAUGUUUGAUUAUUGUUCUAAUACUAAGUUUACAUACCAGUGAUGUUUUUUGGGUUUCUAAAAUUUUAAUGCAUUAUUUAGGCCUCUCAUGUUGCACGGACCAUCCAUAUUUACAAGUGGAUGGUACAAAAGUUCUAUUUUGUAUGAUUACAAAUCCCCAAUAAUUACCAGAUUGCCCAUCGUAUUUAUAGUGUCGCAUGACGGCAAAAAAGUCUAGUUCACGCGAUUUCAGGGGGCCUUAAAAUUUUAUAUAAUUUGUUGAGAUUUUAUGUGUAUUGGCACCUAAAAAGGGUUGUGGAAAAUUUCCAUAUAGGUACAUAUUUUUUAUGUUACGUGGAUCCCCAUAGAUUAAUUUGUUACGGGCCUUUGCCGGUAAGCUACGCUACUGAGAUUACCUUAUCAACACCGUUUUAUUAUCGCAUUCACUGCCUUCCGAAUGUGUGGGCUGACCUUUAUUUAGCGUUUGUAUUGCGUACCUUAAUAGGUAGCUUUAAAUGUGUUUUGAAUAAUUAUCUCAGAUCCAUUCUAUGCGGCAGACGCAAUAGUACGUCUUAUAUUCCUUGACGUCAUAACACGUUGGCUUACACAUAUUGACGUCAAUUAACGAUGUGUUACGUCCUAUUGGCUUACGUCAUCAAAUAUUUAAUUGAAAAUCAUUGCCGCACAGUCGUGAUCGAUGCUUAUUUUUUAAAUAAAUUGUGGAAUGGGUAAACCAACAAAUAUAAAUUAGAAAAAAGGUUUUUAUUCAAUGAGGGUGUUGCGAUCCCUCCAUUAUUUGGUUAAUGCAUAACACAUGCCUUACAUUAAGAAAUUAGUAACUCGUUUUGAUAUCUAAUUAAUCGUUCUUCACUACUAACUGAUAAAUCAAAGCCUCACAUUAUUAUUUUUAUUAUGUAUGUAUGUUAGUGUAGGAGGCUUUUAGAUUAACAGUAUUAAAAAAUGAGAUUAUAGUUUUAACAAAUCCUCACACUUGGUUAUAUUUCACACGUUUAUUGACAAAAUAUAUUUUAUUUAUAGGUUAUUGAAGAAAUAUAAGCUUUUAUGACCUUAGAGGUAUAUAGCUUAGAUAUAAAUGAUUAUUAGAAAUCUCUUAUAAGUUACGCCUUCCACGAAUUUAUUUGUGUGUUCAAGUAAUAAUAAUAUUUUCUUACUCUUAAAUUAUAAUGUAUUAUCAAAAAUAAUUAACUAUGGAAUAACUAACAUCCGAGUCAACGAACAAAAAUCUGUAAACAAAAUCGCAUGACCUUGAUUAGAUUAAAACAAUAAAUCGAACAGUUCAAUGUAACCAUCUUUAAUUAGAUGCUUUGAUGAAUCAAAUCUUGUUUACAUAUUAUCAAGGUUUAUUUUAAUUCAGCUAAGAUAUAUCCAUUCCACAAUUUGUGCAUUUCCCUUAAUGUAAGUAGAUGUUGUAAACUAAUUUGUGUUAAGAUAAUAUUUGUCCAUUCGUAAAGCAUUUAUGUUUGUAUUCCAAAAUAAAUUUAUUUAAGUAUUGUAGACAAGAUGUGUUGAGACGCUGCAACUACACAUCAAUAUGCAAACACUUGGCGAUCAAUCGAUAUUUUGCAGUGGCGUAGAGUGAAAUUUUCUGAAAGGUAACCCUACACUACUUAUAGGUACUGUUAUGCAUAAAUGCGGUAUGCGAAUCAUUUUAAUUAUAAAUAGAUUGUACAUGAAAGGGAAUCUGGCGGGAAUCGCGUUAUAUGGAUGCUUCGCCACUAAUAUUUUGUUUACGGUUAAUACAUUUUAAUAUAUUUAAAAUAAAAAAACGGCCGGCAAAAAUGAAUGAAUGAAUUCGACGUCAUAUGACGUCCUGUGUAGUGAUCUCAUUUUGUAGUAAUUUUUAAGCCAGUUGCAUAAUUUUAAUGAUUACUAUCUCAUAAGUCAAGUUGCAUGACGUCCCAACACAUUCUGUUAGUUAUAAAAUUACAAUUUGAUAAACGAAUCAACGCUUUAUUUCACGCUACACCCACCUAUUGUAAAAAAUAGAGCUACAGUUUUCAAAAUACCGCUUUUAGAUUAAGCCCAUUUUUACCAAUUGACAUAUAAAAUAUCGAUGAUAUAUAAAUAUAAAUACAUAUGUGGAAUUGUGAUCAAAAAUAGUUAUGAUCAAUAAAAAUCGUGACAUUAAUGCUUAUGGUACGAAGAAUCAAUUUGUCAUAAAUAUGUAAUUUAUUCCCAAUUUAAGUUUAAUCUCUUUAUUCGUAUUUUUAUUCAACUUUUAAUUAUUAUUGCACCAAUAUAUAUUAUUCUUUUAAGUUAUUAUAUUGCUAUUUAUAGGUCUUAAAAUUAACUCUUUGUCAUUCCUUAUUAGAAUCCUACUCGAAAGCAGUGUUUUUUUAAUUAGAUAUAAGUUUUGAACCAAGCCUAUUCAUAAUUGAUUUUGGUUAUAUAAAGAAGUAAUUCUAUCUUCGGAAUUAACGAAAAAAUAUGCAAAGGCUACGUUAUCAGUUUAAAAUGCAAACAUCUAUUGAAUACUUGUUCCUUCUGGAAGAGAAUGUGUUGGUGCAAGAAGUCGUACCAUUCGGCUUGAUAUGUAUCUGCUCGUGUCAAAAAAAUUGUCAUCAAUAGCCCAUACUUUUGCAAAGCAUCUCUUCUUCCCUCAUUAACGUGGUUUUAUAUCAUAGGGAUAACGUAUGCCAUAAAUCUAGCCUUUUAUUUGGAUUUAGUCUACGCAAACUAAUAGAUAGAUAAGUACUAAAUCAUUACAAAAAAAAGUGCCUCCCAUAUAGUAAAGUGUAUUUUAAUCAUGUAAUAGCUAUUCGCGAUUACGUUAGUAAGUUUAUACAUGUUCUAAAUUGAUGUAGGGUUGUAUGAUCAAACAGUGAAAUACGAAGAAUCACAUAGAUCUAAGAAUCUAUUUGUUUAAAAAGUUUUAGGGUCAAUUGGUUUGUCAGACCCUUUGUCACUAUAUGAAAAUUUUCAACGUAUAAAUAAUGUUUUGAUAGAGAUUAAGUAUUUAUUUGUAAAGUUAAAAAUUAAUUGAUCUAUCUAUUAUGUUAGUGUAAAAUAAAUGUGAUUAAUUUUAUCCAAUGCAGACGUGUUAUCACGGAGACAUUGCAUCACGUUGAUGCACAAUUUCUUCUCUAUACAAUAAAAAUGCUACUACAGGGAUAGAAUUAAUCAGAUCUGAUAUUACAGUUGUGUAAACUUAAAUUUUUGCCUACCGGCUCUGCAUCCCAAUAACUAACAUGAUAAAAUUAACAAACAAGAUGGCUGGAUUUCAGCAUAUAAUAAAGAAGUAUAAAUGUUGGGUAUGGAGCUCAUUGCGUAGUCUUCCUAUUGUGAGCGAUUUCGGUGUUAAUAUUUUUUAAAUAAUAGGAACUUAAUUGUCGAUUUCCAUAUUAACAAAUCUAAAUUGGGUCCUGAUUAAUCCAAAUUAAGGUAGAACUUGCAAAAGUCUCCAGUAAGUAAACUUCGAAUGAUAAAAAUAGAAUCGUAUUCGGCCACAAAAUUAAAAAAUCAUACAGUUAUUAAGUGACAGAUAAUGCUUAACAAAACCGAAGCUAACCGAUUAUUCCAAAGCUAAUAUUUACUGUCGAAUAUCAUAUUUCUUUACAGUCCACUACUGCCAAAAUUGCAGAAAAGAAGUGGACAAAAUCUAUCAAGCUUAUUCUCUUUAUAGGAUGACUGAGGUAACGUACCCUAGCCAUCAAAACAAUCUAAAAUGAUACUUAUUCCCGCAAAGCCGGUGGACUUUCAAAUUAAUUUAUUAUGCUUGCGUAUCGAAAGAUCAAAAUUGAGUAACAAAGUUCUUCCUAACAUUGCCUUCGUAUUGUAUUUUGUAGCCUCGACUAUAUACACUGACACUGUCAUCGCUUCCCACUGUGUAUUUCACGAUUAAAAUAUUACACCAAGA